UGUGUGUGUGCUCCAGUUGUUAUGUGUUGAUGCUGCGAGGCGGGUCUGGAAGGGAGGAGGCGUCCUGAAAAAGGUGAUUGCGGACACAGCCGACUUCAUCUUUCUAGAAGCUGGUGAAGGACCUUCAGAGAGGCUCGUGCUUCUGCUCCGUGUGCCGCUGUAGGUGCUUCUGCUCUGUGAUAACGACUUACCGUGGACGACUGGACCAGAUCGUGACGGUUUUGUUUUGUCGGUUUGUUUUGGGUUUUGUUUGUUUGGUUCCUCCGGGAUGGGAGCGAGCACAUCUGCGCAGCGGGACGCCCAGAGCGCCGAGGAGGAGCGAAUCGCCGAUCAGACUGAGACCGGAGGCGGCGGCGGCGACACGGAAGACACUGAGGACGCCAAGGAGCUACAGAAGAACGGUCAGAUCUCGAUCUCCAGCCUGAACGGGAAGACGGACGAGCAGAUUGACUUUAACGAGCAAGACGAGGACAACACUCUGGCUGAGGUUGGCCAGACAGAGGCCAUGCCACAGAAAGAGGACAGCCCUGAAUCAAUCGAGGUCCUCCAAGAAGAGGUCUCACCUCAAGUCAAUGGAGAGCAGGAGAAAAUCGAGUGUGUUACCGAAGAUCCAAUGACUCCAGCAGAGGAGAAAGUUGCUGAGGAAAAACCAACAGAGACGAAUGAGGUUGGGUUCAAGAAGAUCUUCCGCUUUGUUGGCUUUAAAUUUACACUAAAGAAGGACAAAAAUGAGAAGGUGGAGCCUGUACAGCUCCUGACGGUUAAGGAAACGGAGGAUGGUGCCUCAGAAGCUGUGGAGGAAACCAAAGAAGAACCCGUAACAGCAGAAAUCCAGUCUGAGGAUGAAAAGAAACCGGAUGCCCCAGAAAUUGAGAAAAAUGCCAGUGAGGAAGAUGCUGAAAAAACUGAAACAGAACCAGACCUUCCUGCAACUGACACCCCAACAGAACCCAAAUCAGAUGGCACUGAAGAAACUGAAAAGACCCCAGCUGAUGAGCCAGCUGAAGAAGUAGAAACCUCUGCUGAGAAGGAGAAAGAACCAGAAGCACAAGCUGAAUCUCCGACAUCUCCACCAUCUCAAGAGACACAGUCCCCUUUUAGAAGAUUCUUUACUCAGGGAAUCUUCUCUAACCUGCGUAAAAAGACAAGCUUCAAGAAGUCUAAAGAGGAGGAAACAAUAAAAGAGAAAUCUGCUGAUGAGGAUAUAAAGGAGACUGAUGAGACAAAAGAAGCAGCAGCAGAGGAGGAAGGACAAAUCAAGGAGGAUACAGAGAAAGUGGAAACUGGUGAACAGGUAGAUAAAACAGAUGGACCAGAGAAAUCUGAAGAAAGCCCAGAGGAAGCUCCAUCUGCUCCUGAGGAGAAAAAGGAGGAGGAGCUAAAAGAGGAGGUUGAAAUAUUAAGUGAAGUUGCACCAGUUCAAGAGCCUGAAGCGAAAGUUGAACAAAUUGAACCUUGUGAAAUUUCAGAGACCUCUGGCACUGAAGAUGACAAGACCAAAUCCACUGAUGAUGCCAAACUUGCAGAUGAAAAAGCAGCUGAUUCUUCUGAGGAACAACAAACCUCUGAGAAAUCCCCUGUGGAAACACCCACUGAGGGUGAAGUUCAGUCUUCCCAAGACAAAGCCAAGCCUCAAGGAAGUCCACUGAAAAAACUGUUUACUGGAGCAGGGUUGAAGAAGUUAUCCUCCAAAAAGCAGAAGGGCAAAAAAGAAACCGAUUCAAAGCCAACAGAAUCCACUGAGCAGACAGCUGAACAAUCAUCCACAGAGUCAGGUGAGGCUCAAAAACCUGACAGUGGAGCUUCAUCUCCAGAAGAAUCUGGUGAGCAUGUUGUAGGUGAGGCAAGUCAGGCCGAAGCCAGUGCAGAAGCCGAAGGAGAGGGAGCAACCUCUGACACUGAGAAGAAGAAAGAUAGCAUCCUUCAUUGGGCUUCAUUCAAAAAAUUAGUCACUCCAAAGAAACGUGUCAAGAGGUCAUCUGAGAGUGAGGAUGAGACCACUGGAGACAAAGCUAAAUCGGCCACUCUGUCCUCAACCGAGAGUGCUGUUUUUGAAGAGAAAACUGAGGAGAUUAAACCAAGUGAAGAAGGAAAGGAAGAAACAAAAGAGGAAUCACAAGUUGAGGGCAAGACUGAGGUCAAAGCUGAAAAGGUUGAACAAAGCACAGAGGAGACUAAAAAGAAGAUUGAUACCUCAGUAUCCUGGGAAGCCCUUAUUUGUGUUGGAUCAUCUAAAAAGAGGGCCAGGAAGAAUUCUGACUCUGAUGAGGAGGAACCUAAGAUUGAGGAAGAGGUCCAGCAGUCUGGAGAAGAACAGGUCAAAACUGCAGAGUCACCCCUUGAAAGCUCACAGGAGGUCGAUCAUGAAAAUUUGGCCUCUUCUCCAGAACCAGAAGGAGAACUUGUUUCUACAUGGGAGUCCUUCAAAAGGCUGGUAACCCAACGUAAGAAACCCAAAGCAGAAGAGAAGUCUGAUGAAGCACAGGGUCCAGAGCAGGCCACAUCCGACAGCGAGCUACCCAAAGAGGAGUCAUCCUUCUCCCUGAGAAAACUAAUUCCUCGCAGAAAGAAGAAGUCUGAUACUAAACAAGGGCAGGUAUCUUCUGAUGUUGGAUCUGCAGAAGAAGACUCUGACACACCUGCUGUGGUACCUCUAUCAGAAUAUGACACUGAACAGUCAGAGAAGGCUACAGCUGAAGAAACAAAGACAGAGGAGGCAAAGCCAGAGGUCACACCUGUCACUCCUGUUACUCCUGGAAAAGCCUCAGCUGAGGACAGAUCACCUUCUUGGAUCUCCACGACUGUCGAGAAUGUUGAAGAUGAGACAGAGGGCAAGCCAUUAAGCGAUAUACCUGAAGAAGGAGAUACAGCUGUUACACCUAAAUCAACUGAUAACACAAUUGCAGAGGACAUUGUAGAGUUUACUUCAGAAGCCAUCACUGCUAUUGAACCAGCUGAGGAAACUGAAAUGGUUUCCGCUUUAUCACGCAUCACAGAGUCACCUGUUACAUCUGGUGAGGCCUCACCAGUUCCAGAUGAUGGUGUGGUGAUGAAGACCGAAGCCGUUUUACAGGAAGCUGUUGAAACUAUCACAAUUACAUCAAGUAAGGUGGCUGUUACAGUAACAGAGGAGCAGACACACAGUAUGGUAGUCACUUCAAGCCCAUUCCCGUUUGAGUCAGCCACUAAGGAGGAAAAAAUUGUCUUGGCUGUUCAUGAGAAAAGUGAAGCGACCUCCAUCUGCAUCGGCCUUGAUGCAAGUGAAAUUAAAGCUGUAGAAGAAGAGAGUCCUUUAAAAACCACAGUGGAGGCGAUCACCGUGGUCAGUGAGGCAUUGUCUGUUGAGGUGGCUGCUGAAGACCAGACUUUAAAGGCAGAAGAAGCUGAAGUGGCAGAGGAUAAAGUUUCUGUGGCACAGGUUAAUGAAGUUCAAACCGAGUUCAAAGAACAGCCUCUGGCAUAUGAAGAAAGUACAAUAGAGGAGGUUCAGACUACAAUCGAGUUCCAGGAAGCAGCAGCAGUCAAAGUGCCAGUGGUCACCACCAUUCGACAGGAGAUAGAGAUUCUUGAGGAACCAAUAGUGGCAGAAAACACUUCAAAGGUGGUUGCAGAGAGCCCAGUCGAAUCGGCCAUUGAGCAACCAGUGUGUGCUCAGACUGUGGAGAUCACUGAAAUUACUGCUGCUGAAGAGGAGGUACAGGAGCUAAAAGAUGUUAAAGAAUCAGUUGCCUGUACUGAGGUGGAAUCUGUAGAAGUAGCAGUGGCUGUGUCAGAAGAAGUUGCAACAUCACUCGCAGAUACUAUUGUAGUUGAGACAACCAUGUCUCACGAGGAGCUCAUUCCUGUGCUGGCUGCCACAGAGGAGUUUGCAGUGACGGAAGAGGUUGUGGGUGUUUGUCCACCCUCAGAAUCUGAAACCAAAGCAGAGGUAAAGGAUGAGGUUGUAAUCGAGAGCGAAGUUCACGUUAUCAAAAAUGUUGAGAUUGUCACAGCGAGCGUUUCUGUUGAGGAGAACAAUGAAGUCACAUCAUCAGUUGUCAGUACUGUGAUUGAGGAAGCAUGUGAGAAAGAUGAGGAAGAAGUGAAAGCAAAGCAUUUAAAGGAAACAAAAGUUAUCCAGGAGCAGAGCACGGUCAUUGUCCAGGAAGUCCUUCAAAAUGUUGUUGAGAACCUCAGCGAACUGCAAGAGAAGCCUGUGGAGGAAAUUCAUACAGCAAAACCUGAAGAAGCCCUAUCUGCAGCUGAGGAGGAAAAAUCUUCACAAGAUGCACCAGUUACAGAAGACAAGUCUUCAGUACAUGCACAAAUUCAAGAGGAAUUAAAGUGUGAGAACAAAGCUGAAGAAGAACCAACAAAGAUUGUUACCGAGAGCUUGCCAGUCAGUGAAGCCAUUCAGGUUUCUGAAGUAGUUCUGGUUGCUAUGACAGAAGAAAUUAAAGAAGCUCGGGAGGAAGAGGUGUCCUCAUACUCAGUGGAAGCCACACAAGCAUGUACGGAUGCAGAAAAGCACGAAGUGGAAUUGAAGGAAUGUGAAAAAGAGGUAGAGGAAGACAAAUCGGUCACCACAGAAAGCGAAGAAGUUAAAUGUCAAGUUAAAAAAGAAGAACCAAGCGGAGCCACCGAGAGCCCAGCUUCAGAGGAGAGCAGUGAGAUGCAAAGCACCACUCAUGCAAGCACAAAACACGUGCAGAUUGUUGAGGAGGAAAGCCAGCAGGUCCAAGACAUGAAGAUCGAGACAACUACAGAGAUCAAGGUUAACAUUGUACAUGAGGUGGAUGUGGAUAAAAGAGCGAGUCAAGACAUUGAAAUUGCCAUAAAGGAAGACAGCACCAAGAGUCAGGAGUCAUCAAAUGAUGUGCCUCAAACAGACUUGGAAGAGGAACAAAAGAGUGUUUCAGCACCACACAUGAAGGGCCAGGAAGGGUCCAGAGAUCCCGACAGUCAAAUGACAGAUGCUGAAGCCGCUGAGGUGCAACCAGCUGUUGGGGAGGCACCAAAAGAAAAAGAUGUGGAGAAAGCGAUUGAUACAGUCACCACAGAAACAACUACAGAGUCAUGAGCCAGUGGUUCCUGUAGAAGAUUGGGGAGCAGCAGAAGAAAGAGCCAGAAACGUAUCCCUCCAUCCAUCCGUCCCACAUCACUUCAUUCCGUCUGCCUCCUGGAAGAAUCUCUCCAUCCGCAGCAUCACCUGUGGCUCAGAUGGGUUUAAAAGUUCCUCAUGUCACAUUAAACUCUUUCACAUGUUUAUUUCCCUCUGACAUUUUACUCACUGAGGGGCAGAGGCUCUCGGAUGGAGAGAAACGGAUGUGUGUGUGUGUGUGUGUGUGUGUGUGUGUGUGUGUGUGUGUGUGUGUGUGAAAAAAAUCUUAUCUUGUAUAUUGUAUUUAUAUCUUAGAAAAUAUUCAAAUGUCACAACUUCGUCCUAAACAGCCACGGGAAAUGGAUGACGUCACCCAGAUACACAUUUUUGUUUGUUUGUUUUUGUUUUUUAAUUGAAUCAUGGUACACACGUGCAGUUAAGCGUCAAAGCGCCCGACCCAGCGUAAUCAUUUCCAUUCCUACUGUACAUAUAUCAUAUAUCUAUAAAUAUAUAUAAAUAUAAAAAAGUGCUUUAUUUCUCAACUGUGAAACCUUUUUUUUUUUUUUUUGAGAUGCACACGCAAAUCACGCCGAUCAGUAAAACACGGCUUUCAUCUUUAAUCAUGUGAACGAUUACUUCGGAUUUUAUUUAGGUAAUAAAUUAAAUCCCGACAGCACUGUUCAGUGGCACGUGAAGUACAGUAUGUUUUUUUUAAUAUUGUUUAAUUACAUAUUGCAAAAAAAAAGCGUUAUCGAGCGCACUGGCGCCAUCUGCCGGCAGCCAGUUUUAUUAUAAUUUUUUACAUAUAUAUAUAUAUAAAUAUUUUUUUUCUUUUUUAACAUUGUCCGUUUGUAUUUUCAAUCUGUGUCUCAUAGACUAAUGAUAUUACAUUUUUUCCCGACGUCGACGAUCACCUUUAAUAAUGAUUUAUCCACUAUUUUUUAUUAUAAUUAAAAAUCACUUUUUUUCCUAGUGCUUCAUAUGUAUAAGAUCUGAACAGAAGCAGAACUGAGGUUUGCAUUCAGCAGACAGGUGUGUAUGCAAAAAUAAUAAUCAUCCACAUCACCUCUGUGCAAUCCUGCUGAUUAAUAUACGCAAUAGAAAACUAAUUUAAAAAAUAAAAAUCGCCUUUUUGUGCUGGAGGAUGUGAGGAUUCCUUGCAAAGAUGCUUUAUUUUAAUUAAAAAAAAAUAGAAAUAAUAUCAAACACCUAAUAUAGAAUGUUCUCCUAUUAUCAAGACUUUUCCUCUCCGCCGGGUCGCAUCCUGUCCUCUGCUUUUUAUAAGAAAACUAUUACUGUGAAGCUCCUUUAACAUUUGUACAAAAUUGUAUACCUGUGUAUCUGACAUUGUAUUGUAAUAUGAAAUAACCAAUGAGAGCAUUAGAUGUUAUGUAGCAUGAUCUUUUCUGUUCUUCUUCUUUUUUUAAUGCUUCAAAGCUGUUAAUAGUACGGAUACAAAACCAUGUCUAUAUUUCAUUUGAAAUAAAAGUUAGCGCUGUAAAGUGAGAA